AAAGCAAAAAUGUCCAAAAAGAAGCGCAAGACUUACGAUCAAUGCUGCUAUCUCUUAGCUUUAUCCACUUUCCUGUCCUUCUCAGUCUUGUGUCCACCCUUGUGUUCUGUUGCUUUCUUCAAUCCUUCCCCGCGUUUUCUUUUAAUGUCUUUCUUUUAUGCUUUCGAAGUUUAAACCGCGUUUUCCAGGGGCUUUUUGGUCAUUUUAAUACUUUCUAAACGCCUCCUCUUUACGAACGGUUCUUUAAUGACCUGAUUGCGGUACUUUUGUUGCAGAAAAGUAAGUAAUGGAGGACAACGGCGAAGAGAAAUUGAUAGCGGUGGCGCGUCACAUAGCCAAGACUCUAGGCCAUAACGAAUCCAUGGCUGAUGAUAUUUUGCAGAUUUUUUCCAACUUCGACGGUAGGUUUUCUCGCGAGAAGUUAUCGGAGAAAAUGGCCGGAGCUGCCGGUGACGAUUUGAGAGCUUGCGCCUCUCUAGAACAGACCCUUGAGUCUUUGGAACGUCAGAUUUCUCAGUACGUGGUCGCCGAUCACCCGAUCUGGUCCGAUUCUAUCGAUUCCUCUGCAUUUCUCGACUCAAUUGACGAAUUAAUCGCCAUGAUUAGAGAAUGGAACCCUAUGGCCACCGCAGACAAAUCCAUCAGCGCGUGUUUGGUACGCGCAGAGGAUUUCAUGCAGCAAGCUAUGUUUCGGCUGGAGGAGGAGUUUAGGCUGUUGAUGGACCGUGGGUGCGAGUCGUUUGAACUGGCGCCGCCAUAUGCCAAUGGCGAGUCAACAGGAAACCUUUUGUUUGAUUCUGAUGAUGACGAAGACGCAAUUUUGACCAACGGUGAGGAUCACAAUCAGAUCCCUGUGGCCCAACCGCUUACCGACUACGAUAUUGUGAUCGACGCGCUUCCGUCUGGGACGAUUAACGAUCUUCAUGAGAUCGCUAGGCGAAUGGUGGUCGCCGGUUUUGGUAAAGAGUGCUCACAUGUGUACAGUAGCUGCAGGAGAGAGUUUCUGGAAGAAAGCAUGUCGAGAUUAGGGAUGCAGAAAUUGAGUAUCGAAGAGGUUCAGAAAAUAUCAUGGCAAGACCUUGAGGACGAAAUUGAUAAGUGGAUUAAAGCAGCGAAUGUCGCGCUACGUAUCCUCUUCCCAAGCGAGCGUCGUCUAUGCGAUCGCGUGUUUUUUGGGUUCUCAUCUGCUGCUGAUUUGUCGUUCAUGGAGGUAUGUCGGGGAUCCACGAUUCAGAUUCUGAAUUUCGCAGACGCGGUGGCUAUCGGGAGCCGGGCGCCAGAGCGGUUAUUUAAGAUUCUGGAUUUAUUUGAGACGUUGAGAGAAUUAAUGCCCGAUUUUGAGUUUAAUUUCUCUGAUCAGUACUGUUUAGUUCUUAGGAACGAUGCCGUUGCAAUAUGGAAGAGGUUAGGGGAAGCGAUAAGAGGGAUAUUUAUGGAGCUGGAGAAUUUGAUCCGGCGAGACCCCGCCAAGGCUCCUGUGCCUGGUGGUGGGAUACAUCCCAUCACGCGGUACGUGAUGAAUUAUCUACGUGCUGCUUGUCGAUCCAGAGAGACGCUGCAACAAGUAUUUGAGGAGAAUGUUAAUCUUAAUGUUGUUCCAUCUAAGGAUUCGUCUUCCUCCUCACUGUCUGUUCAAAUGGCAUGGAUUAUGGAGCUAUUAGAGAGUAAUUUAGAGAUGAAAUCUAAGAUUUACGGGGACUCUGCUUUAUGCUCUGUUUUCAUGAUUAAUAAUGGAAGGUAUAUUGUACAAAAGGUCAAGGAUAGCGAAUUGGGAUCUCUUCUCAGUGAUGAUUGGAUCAGGAAACACGCAGCAAAACUCAAGCAAUUUCAUAUGAGUUACCAGCGAAGCUCAUGGAAUAAGGUUUUGGGAAUGUUGAAAGCAGAUAAUGGCUCUGCAGCUACUAAUGUUGCAGGGAAGUCCUUGUAUAUGAAAGACAAGAUGAAGUUCUUUAAUUCCCACUUUGAGGAGAUUUACAAAACUCAAUCCCAAUGGAUAAUAUUUGAUGAGCAGCAAAGAAAGGAGUUGAGGAACUCUUUGGCCAACCUGUUGCUGCCAGCAUAUGGAAACUUUAUUAAAAGAUUUCAGAAUUCUCCAGAAGUUGGGAAGCAUGCGGACAAGUAUAUCAAGUACACCGUGGAAGACAUAGAAGCCCAUAUUAAUGAUUUAUUCCGAGGAGGAAGUGGAUCAGCUGGCAGUGGAAGGUAAAGGUAAGAAGCUGCCUAUUCCAUUAACGUAUAUUUGUGAAGUUUGAAUUUUCGUUUUCAAUGAAUAUACCCUUCACUAAACAUUGGAAUGUUUCUUUCAAUAUUUGUUUGUGAACGAAAAUUUCAGAUAGGUACAUCAUCAGGUCGUUAUCCUGCUUAUGAGAUGAAUUAUGUUUUUGUUUUUUGCCAUCUAUGAUCAAUGCUAUUAUACAGUUGGAUUUAGUUA